CCGCGUUCCACCCGGCGAUGGGAGCGGCCCCGGACGCUGGGCCAGCCCAUUGAAGCAGAAGGUCGAAAUAUAUGAUUCUUAGACCUUUCUGCUGGUCGUUAGAUCGGACAAACUCUCUCAUGCGGUCGGAAAGUCGAAGUGAGUAAUAUUUGACGAGACACCCCAAACAACCUAGACCUCAUCGACCGGGCCACCUUGCCGCCGUUAUUUUCAUUCAAUGAUGGGAACAGGUACGCCGCGUUCCCUUUUCCCCAUAAGCUGUUCUUUCAGAUAAUCAUUCUCGAGAUUAAGCUCUGUUUCCGGAUGUAGUAUAGCCAACAGCGUUCUUGCCUCCCUGGAGAAUUACUCUGGUGACUGCGCGGGUGACGCUGACUGGGUCGCGGCUACUUGCCAACGCCCUGACAAGUCCAAAUGCAAAGAAGGGUCGUCUGGGAAGCUGUCUACUUUCUGGAGCAGUCAAGUAGUAGGUAGGAAGCCCUUCGACUGACAGUCGUCACUCAUGGCCGGCUUCGGCAGUCGUCCAAAGUCUCACCGGUCGAGCGGCGACUUCAUCGACUUGUCCAGAAAAAAUGGACAACCAACCCCCAAGGCGACAUUGCUUCCCUCCAAGGAAAAAAUAUACCUUGUGAUCUCUGGAGGAAGGAGCCAUCCAACCUGCAGCAUCCUCAGCUUGCGUACCUUUCGUGUUGCGCCAACAUCCACCUUGCAUCACCACACAGGUCACCAAGUCACCAUAUAAACUUCAAAAUAGCCCCAAACAUCAUCCUUUGUCUAAACAACUCGUAAUAGGUCGCAAAAGGUAGCCAAAAGGCAAAAGAAUCUCCUCGACGGGGAAUUGAACCCCGGUCCCCUGCGAAUCGUUGACUUCUCAAAUGACAAGCAGAUAUCCUCACCACUAGACUAUCGGGGAUUGGUGGAUGUGUGCAUCCAGUGAUAGUUGGUUGGGGGCAGAGGUGGGUUUGGCAUAUAUCAAGCCUACUUAAUAGUGCGGUGGGGCAUAUCAGGGCAAGUGAGCAAGAGAUGUGGGGUGGUCGCGGCGUACC